AUGGACAGCACCCCUCAGACGGUCGCGCAGGCCGUGCAGGCCGCGACGCAGCAGGCGCAACAGGCUGCCUCGCAGAAUGCUGCCUCGUCCCCCGUGCACUCCACGCCCGCGCAGAGCUCCACCAUCGACAACCUGACCUGCCAGUGGCAGGGCUGCGGCGAGCGAUGUGAUAGCGCAGAGUCUCUCUAUGUACGUCCCUCCCGCAAUCAUAAUACUUAUCGACACGACGCGCGCGCGCAGAGCUGUUCCAUCCUCGCAUGCUGACCGACCGUUGCCAGGACCACGUCUGCGAGCGCCAUGUCGGUCGCAAGAGCACCAACAAUCUCAACUUGACUUGCCAGUGGGGCGCGUGCCGGACCACGACCGUCAAGCGAGACCACAUCACCUCGCACAUCCGCGUCCAUGUGCCGCUCAAGCCACACAAAUGCGACUUCUGUGGCAAGGCUUUCAAGCGGCCCCAGGACCUCAAGAAGCACGUCAAGACUCACGCCGACGACAGCGUCUUGAUGAACUCGCCGCAACACGGCAGCGGCCGCAGCGCCAGCAAUGGAGGUAUGGUUUCCAGUGGCAAGCGUAAGCUGCUCGAUAUGCUCUCUCUGGCACCCGUCCGCAGCAUGCUAACUCUUGCCUCGCAGCGUCCUCUUACUACGGUGGUGCCCACGACUCGUCCAUGGGAAACCCCUACCCUUCUUACCAACCCAGCAUGGCAAACGGUGCCAACAGCAACUCAUACCCUCAGACCUCUGGCGCUCAGUAUGCCGGCUACGGCUCCGUCAGCUACCCAAACAGCUCUGCAUUGGCUGAUAUCCAGAGCAUGGACACUCGUCGUCGGGCGAUCGAGGCCCUGAACGACUUUCUCGGCGAUAUCAAGCGCCGUGCAAUCGACCCAAGCAGCUACUAUGACGUCGGCCACCGCCUUGGUCAGAGCAACUCUCUUCCUCUUCCUCUUCCGGUCGGCGGCACUGGCUACAACACCGGGUACAACAACAGCGGUUACGGCCACAACUUCAACACAGCCAGCCUCCUUGAAUCGUUUAACAACGGCACCCUUGGCAACCACGGCGCGCAAGCUGGCGUGGCUACUCACGGAUACUCUCUGCCCCUGCCGAAUGCGCGCACAAAGAACGACCUCCAGGACAUCGACCGCUUCCUCGAGCAGCUCCAGGCGACCGUCUACGAGACCAGCAGAGGCUAUGACAGUGGCAACGCCGCUGCCGCCGCUGGUGUGCAGCAACCCGGUCUGCACGCGCACUUCACAGGCGACUUCGGAAUGGGCAACUCGCACCAAUACGCUCGAUCAAGUCACAGCCCACCCAACUUCCAGAGCCAUCUCAAUAACGGCGGCAUGGGCAGCGUUGGCAACAUGAGCAGCUCUUCGAGCAUGCAAGGCGUCACCUCGACCUCAUCAGCACUUGACACACCAGCUCUUACGCCAGCUUCCGUCUCAUCGUAUACAAGCUCCGGCCACUCGCCGAUGAGCAGCCACAGCAGGGCCAGCUUCGGAAGUGUCAGCGGUAAUAACAUGUAUCCAAACCUGCCCGCCGUCACUGGCAUGUCUGACUUGGGCUCCGGCUACCCGACGACUACCUCGGCUCCACCAUCUGGUUUGGCUUCGGGUUUCGAGGGUCUCGACGGCCGGAGAUACAGUGGUGGCCGUCUUCAGCGCCAGGCACCCGAGCGAGCUGACACCGAAAUGGGCGACGACGAGGAUGGUAGCCGCACUCCCAAGGCUGCUGACCGCUCUAAGAGUAAGAAUAGCAGCAGCAUCGACCCGGCUCUGCGCGGCGAGGACGAGAAGUCCGAUUCCGCAUCGACACCUGCCGCCACCUCUGAAGUCGAAGAUAAGCGUCAAGAAGAGUGGGUGGAGAACAUUCGACUCAUUGAAGCUCUGAGGAAGUGGGUCGGUGAGCGUCUCAAGGUUGGCGACUAUGAAGAUGCAGCCGCCGCCGCCGCCGUGUCACCCGAAAAGGAAGUCUCUGUACAGGAUGCCAAGGAAGGCGCUUCUGCUCCCGAGGACGUCGAUAUGCAGGAGACUGCUAAGAUGGCUACGGAGAAGCUUGCUGGGUCUGGCUCGCCGGAGAAUGAGACUGAGGGCGAGAGACCGUCGGCUGCUGCUGAUGUGAAGUAUCCCACUCUGCCGACUGCUGCAUAA